UUGGCCAGUCUGAGAGUGUAUCGUGUCGUGUUAGGUGGAGUUGAGUGUUGCAGGAGGUCCACUCGCAUCUUUUUUUUUUUCUGCUUUCUGUCUUCAGUUCUUUUUUUUUUGGUGGUGUUAAAGAAGACGUUAUCCCAUCUCUACUGUGACUGGAAACCAAGAAUUUCCAAUGAAGUUGGAGGAACAGAUUUGUGAGAACUACACAGGUCCUACAAGUAUCCAGACUACUGCCUCUUGUUAGUGUAUUGUGUAAUGUGUAGUGGAGUUUUGUAAUUGUGGGGAACCCUUAGAGACGUGUGAACAAAGGAGUUCAUUCAGUGUGCGGGAAACCGACAGACCCGAAGGUCUGUUUAGUAGAAAUAUAUAUAUUUUUUUUACGUGGAACUUCUCGCGGAUACUAUUGCCGGAGCAUACCUAGGAUGACUAGGCCAACAGAAACUCAGUGCGUCGGUAAGAAAGAGUGAAAAGUGUAGGUAUGAAGUAAGCAGUAUGUUUGCUUCUGUCCAUGUGUGUUUGUAUUGUGAUGUGUACAGCAGUGUUUCGCCCGUCGCCCUAAGUGGUCACUGUUCCACCUGAAAUCAGGGAAGCUGUGAGUGGUGGCGGGGUCGUGGCACGAGGCAGCUAGGCGACAUGGAGCUGUGCACCACCCUGCUCCUACUUGCGGGUCUCACCACCAGCAUCGCCCUCGCUAGAAAUCUAGAACAACCGCGCUACGACACAGCAUAUGCCUGCGAAGGAAAGACAUUGAAGAUCGAGUGUAAGGAUGGAGAGUUGAUUCACUUGAUACGUGCCAACUAUGGACGCUUCUCCAUCACGAUAUGUAACGACCACGGCAACACGGACUGGAGUGUUAACUGCAUGUCCCCAAAGUCACUGCGAGUUCUUCACAACAGAUGUAGCCAGCAGCAGAAUUGCAGCAUUCUCGCAAGCACAAGUAUGUUUGGUGAUCCAUGUCCAGGCACUCUAAAAUAUUUAGAGGCACACUAUCAGUGUAUGCCAGCAGCAACAACCACCACAACCAGUCGUCCAAGUCCGCCGUGGCUGAUUACUUCUCAGCCAAGUGUGUGGAGCACAGGCAAGUCAGCCACAUUGCGACCGCCACCUCCUCAGAAACCACCCAGCACCCCAGAUGGUCAAAUUGUCACUACCAUAGCAGUGAGUAGUGUUGCAGCAUUGGCACCUGGGUCAACUAGCACAACAGUUCCUCUCUCUGCAGUAGCACCAAAGGGGACUCACAGUGACACAGACACACACCCACCACCUCUAGGAGACAUGACUACUGUAACUGCUUCCACAAUACGCCCAGCGUGGAAAACAACCCACAGAACAACAGCAGCUUCCAGCACAGCAGUGUUUGAAUAUGUGCCAUCACCAAGUGUUACGUGGCUUCAAGAUAACGAGUUUAUCCAACUGUGCAGUCCUACUUUGGCUAGAAAUUUAUAUUGGAACUGGACACGGGCAGGAGAGGUAAAUGUUCAGCCAUGUCCCGGUGGUGCUACAGGUCUGGCCAGGUGGAGAUGUGUCACUCAGUCACCAAAAUCUGUACCUGCCCCUUCAUCAGGGACCGAGUCCACAUCCUCUAAUUCUCUCCCACCCAUUUGGCUGCCGCAUUCACCUGACCUAAGCGAGUGUCGUUCAGUGUGGCUGACCAGUCUAGAGUCUCGCGUCGAAGAGGGAGACUCCAUAAUCAGUAUUGCCAAUGACCUGUCCCAGGUGACAAGCAGCAAGACUCUGUAUGGUGGAGACAUGAUGACUACGACAAAGAUCAUCAAGAAGAUGGCACAAAAGAUGUCAGUUGAUAUAGAAACAUUCCCAGACCCAAGACAGAGAGAAGCUAUUGUGACGGAACUGCUGUACGGUGUUGUGAAAACAGGAAGUAAUUUGCUUGAUGAAUCGCAGCAUCCAUCAUGGAGAGACUUAAGUUUCAAAGAACAGAUGAGAGUAGCUACCUCACUUCUGAUGGGUCUGGAGGAAAAUGCAUUUCUUUUGGCAGAUAUUGUGGUCAGAGAGAAAACUGUCACCCAGACCGUGAAGAAUAUCUUGUUAACCGUUCGUGUAGUCGAGACCCACAACAUAGGGGUAGAACAGUUCCCUUCUUCUACCUCUCUGGAACAAUGGCCAGUGAGCCAAGAUUGGUUGCAACUUCCUCGUGGAGCUCUGCUUGAGAACAGUGAAGGGGGGUUUGUGCGCCUUGUAUUUGUGGCAUUUGACCGUCUGGAGGAAAUUCUGCAACCUCAGGCAGAUCCAUCCACAGUGGUUAUGGUUAGUGAGAAUGGUGAAGUGACUACAGGUGUCCGUGGUUCGCGUAAUGUGACCCGAGUACUGAAUAGUAAAGUGAUCUCAGCCUCCCUUGGCAAGGGCAGGCAUAUCCAACUCUCUGAACCCGUCCGCCUAUCUCUUCGUCAUCUACGCACAGAGAAUGUUAGCAACCCUGCCUGUGUCUUCUGGGACUACACUAUGAGCGCGUGGUCAGAUGAAGGUUGUCAUGUAGAAAUGACAAACCAUACACACACAACCUGCCAGUGUGACCAUUUAACUAAUUUUGCCAUACUUAUGGACGUCCACGCAACAUAUCUCCCUCCUCCUCAUCAGGUGGCUCUGCAGAUCAUUACGUACAUUGGCUGUAUUAUUUCCGUUGUGUGCCUCCUGUUAGCCAUUGUCACAUUCCAGUUGUUCAGAGGUUUGAAGUCGGACCGCACGACAAUCCACAAAAACCUUUGUGUAUGUCUGUUGGUUGCGGAAGUAUUGUUCCUUGCAGGCAUCAGCCAGACAGACAAGCCCAUCGUGUGUGGCAUAGUUGCAGGCCUGCUCCAUUUCUUUUUCCUCUGUGCAUUUGCUUGGAUGUUUCUAGAAGGCUUCCAGCUUUAUGUAAUGCUGAUUGAAGUCUUCGAAGCAGAGAAGUCAAGAAUUCGUUGGUAUUACAUCUUCGCCUAUGGUGCACCACUUAUUAUUGUAGCAGUCUCCUGUGUUGUUGAUCCAUUCAGCUAUGGUACAGAUCGAUAUUGCUGGUUGCGAGCAGAUAACUUCUUCAUAUUUAGUUUUGUGGGACCAGUCAUUGCUGUGAUACUUGCCAAUCUAGUCUUCUUGAGCAUGGCAAUUUACAUGAUGUGUCGCCAUGCCAAUGCGUCUGCUUCAAUGAAAAGCAAGGAACAUUCGCGCCUUGCCAGUGCUAGUGGGAAGGAAGAAAAUGCUCUUCAGAACAAAUUACAGUCACACCUGGCUUGGUUGAGAGGAGCCAUCGUGCUUGUGUUCCUACUUGGACUCACAUGGACAUUUGGUCUUCUUUAUCUGAAUGAAGAAUCACUCAUUAUGGCUUAUAUAUUUACUGUGUUGAAUAGCUUGCAGGGACUGUUUAUCUUUGUUUUCCAUUGUGUUCAGAAUGAGAAGGUUCGCAAAGAGUAUAGGAAAUUUAUCCGAAGGCAUUCAUGGUUACCUAAAUGCCUGAGAUGUUCGAAACACUCGAACGGCAAAGAGAGGCGUUCGAGUUUGUAUGCGGGCUCCAACGGGAAUCCCUCUGCCCCCAACUCCCACAGUACAGACAGCUCCGCUCUCUCACCUCAUGGGACAAGUGUGGGUACCAGCUGUGCAGCCCCAGGCUUGACCCUGGGCCCUCCCCUCACACACCACCACCGACAGCCACAUGCACCGGCACCAGCUCUGGCCAUCACUAGCUCGUAUUUCCUCCAGCGGGGGUGGAGCUCAUGCAGCAGCCGCGGAAAGUCCAGCCAGGUCUCCGCGCCUGCCCCCGGUCUCACCCGAGUCAACCAUCGCACUAGUGCUAGUAGUCGCACUGCCACCUCCAAUCCCUCCGACCAGGAAGUCGAGAACAUUUCGUUUAAAUCAUACAGCCGGGAUUCGGGUCAUGGAGGCUCUGAGCAGGAGGAUUCCCCUCGUUCUCACAAUACGACUACGCUGAACAGUCUGAAUAAUCUGCGGAGCCUCAGCAAUAGCAGAGACACACGACGUCAGCCCUACAUGCCACCAGACUACCAGCAAGGUAUCACCAAUGAUCUCUCGGUCACAGACAAAAGAGUGGGCCCUACUGACAGUGAGUGCAUGACUAAAUAUUGCCGGGACCAUGAACAAGACCAUUCCCCAGUUGGCCGUAAUGGGGAGAGUUUAGCAACACAACAGAAUCAGCCAGCCACCGUUCAUGUUCAGCAUGGAAUAUGCACAGCCAAAAAGUCGAACAAUUUUUUACGUUCAGCCAGUCCUUGGAAUCACACUUACACAGAGAUACGUGAGGGGAGGCCACAUGGACAUGUCCUCACGCAUGCCCACUCUCACACCCACACUGUUGCUUCAUCAACAGGGCUCCCAGAUGAUGAUCCUGUGUAUGAGGAAAUUGAACGGAGUGAGGUCCAAGUGUCUGACAUGAGUGAUGAGGACGGAAAGAGACAGAGCGAUGUGAGUCGACAAUCAUCACGUAGCUAUGGGGAUCAUCGACCCCUGAUUCCCUAUAGCCCUGCCACUGACAGGAACUUCCAUUCAUGCUUGGAUGCAGCAUUUAAGCAUCAGCUCAAGGAUCACGCUCGUUAUCAUCCAAGUCUAGACAGGGACCUGGAAGAGAUGGAUUUCUGUGGCCCAUCUCCAGGUGGGUUCCACACAACAACUGACCUGUCAAGGCAUCCGCCCAACCCCAGUGCUUAUGUAUAUUCUGGUGAGAAUGCGCGCACAGUUGCUGUACUGGAUGGUGAGACAGUGGUGUGUCAUCUCCAGCAGCCAGAUCACCAAAUUUACCCCCAUGAUUCUUAUAACUCCAGAACAAUGGUGCUGCCACCUUAUAGUGAAUGCUAAUGGUACUGACACCUUACGGUGAAUGCUAACAGUGUGAGUGCGUGAGUGAAAGAACAUAAGCCAUAGGUGAUAGUCAUAGCUCAAUUGAAAGUGGCAUGACUUCGACUCACCUGUUUGGCACAUGGUAAAUUGAAAUUGGCAUAUGCCCGUCAGAUGACCCGUGAGAGUUUUGUAGAUCCCCUUGAUUUGCUGCUUGAAUCAUAACUCCUAAUGCUUUGUCUAUAAGCACAGAUUAUCAGAACCUACCAGUGAUUUGUGUACAUAAUGUAAAUAAGUGCUUUGUACAUGUUGGACUAUGGAUACAUUGCUAAUGCAAUGGUUCAUGAUGUGGCCCAGUAAAUGUGUCAUAUAUCUGUGAUGUUGCCUUGAUGUACAUGGGUUGGACUGGCUGGCUCUCAAAGACUGGAAAACUUGUCAAGUACCGUAUCAUAAACUUGCACAGAAGUUUGCAAAUAAAUUAUUUAAGAGUUAA